GACAUUGCGACUUCCACUAUAAUCGUUAGCAACAACAGGUCACGGUUCCAAAGAACCCUAGUAAAUAGCCAUGAGGAUUCUAUAUAUCAUCUUUAUCAUCACGGUUUCUUUUGAAUUCUCUGAUGGGGCCAUCGACCCAGAAGAGGAGAGAAAUGCCAAAGCCUUCUUGGACGAGCACAACCGCCGUGCACCUUUUGAAUAUAGGAAUUCUGAGCUAGCUUUGUGGAAUUAUGAAACCAACCUUACUGAUUUCAACCAGGCACUUAAGACGCAAGCAAGUCUAGCGUUUUCUAUGUUCACACAGAGCGCUCUCGUCAACGCCAGCAAGUUUGAUGCGAACAAACUUUCCGAGGACACCAAACGACAAAUCAAGCUCAUUGCGGCCUCAGCAAGCCCGAAGAACCCCGCGGACAUCAAGCGCAAAUCGGAACUGAACUCUCAGAUGGACAAAAUCUACAGCUCGGGGAAAGUCAAAGAUGCAAAUGGUGAAAUGUUGAGUUUAAAUCCGGACUUGUAUAAGAUUCUAGCGGAGAGUCGAGACUACGAGCGGCUGUUGUUUGUUUGGAAAGGAUGGCGUGACGCAGUGGGCCCAGCCAUUAGACCACUCUAUCAACAAUUCGUGGAUAUUUCCAACAAAGGCGCCAAGGAAAACGGAUGGAAAGACAACGGUGAGUACUGGCGCUCUUCCUACGAAGUAGAAAACUUGGAGAGAAUUGCGGAAGGUUUAUACAGCGACCUGAAGCCGUUGUACCAGGAGUUACAUGCGUACGUCAGGUACAAGUUAAGCCAACAGUACAGCCAAGUGAAGAGUGGAGACGCCAUUCCUGCGCACUUGUUUGGUAACAUGUGGGCGCAAAGCUGGGCGAAUAUCUACGACUUAGUGGAGCCGUACGGUAACCAAUCGAGCCUUGAUGUAACUAGGAACAUGGUGAAGCAGGGGUACACCGAGCUGAGGAUGGUCCAGCUAGCAGAGUCGUUUUUUACGUCUAUAGGACUUGACCCUCUGCCUCAGUCAUUCUACAACAGGUCUAUGAUCGUCAAGCCAAAGGACAGAGGGGUUGUGUGUCACGCCUCAGCUUGGGAUUUCCUGAUAUCUAGAGAUGUCAGGAUAAAGCAAUGCACCACCAUUACGCACGACUACCUGGUAACCACCCAUCACGAGCUCGGCCAUAUCCAGUACUUCCUCCAAUACGCACACCAGCCGUACGAGUACAGGACGGGCGCCAACCCAGGCUUCCACGAGGCAGUAGGGGACACGUUGUCCCUGUCCGUGGACACACCCGCCCAUCUGCACAGGAUCGGCCUCCUUGAUGCGGUCAGCAACAACACAGAGUCUGAUAUCAACGCGCUUAUGAAGAUGGCUCUGAGUAAGGUUGCCUUUUUGCCAUUCGGAUUCCUGAUUGACCAAUGGCGAUGGCGUGUGUUUAGAGGAGAGAUCACUCCUCAGAACUACAACAGGAAAUGGUGGGAGCUGCGUACAAAAUACCAGGGUAUCAAACCCCCGGUGUGUCGCACUGAGAACGACUUCGACCCUGGCGCCAAGUAUCAUAUUCCAGCUAACACGCCCUAUAUCAGGUACUUUGUGAGUUACGUCAUUCAGUUCCAGUUCCACAAGGCCGCGUGUGAGGCCGCUGGUCACACUGGUCCGCUACACAAGUGCUCCAUCUACAACUCCACCGCGGCCGGAGGGAAACUUGGUGCCAUGCUCAAGCUAGGUAAAAGCAAGCCUUGGCCCCAGGCCCUCAAGGCCAUGACAGGCACCGAGGAGAUGGAUGUCGGACCGCUAACCGAGUAUUUCAAACCGCUGAUCACGUGGAUGAAGGCGCAGCGAGCCAAACAUGGCUACCCGAUUGGGUGGAGCAAUGAGGGAGCAUAUAGUGAUUGCAACAUUAGCAUGGCGACGACCGCUGGGCCAGCUAUGGCAUCGAUUGUAGGCUCACUGCUGUUGGCAAUUGCGUCACUUUUGUAUUGAUCUCCAACAGGCUUAUCAUCCUCUCGUUGUUAUCAUCAGAAUUAUUUCCCGUAAAUGAUUACAAAAUAAAGAUCGUAUGAAAUCUCAUAAAAGUGUCUUUGAUGUUAAUAAAAUCGUAAAAAAAUCGAAAUAUUGUGGAUUCUACGGUUUAUUGACAUCAAAGACAACUCUAUGAGAUUUCAUUCGAUCUUUAUUUUGUACUUAUUUACGGGAAAUAAUUCUGAUAACAACGUGAGGAUUGUAGAGCCUGUGGAUCUUCUGCCUAGCUUUUCAUUCGCGGGUUUCCUGUGUAUAGCCAUGAGAGGCUAGGAAGCUUCGGUUAUCGUCAAUUCAACAUCCACAGGGAACCCGAAAACCCGAGUAGAACCCCUUUGACUUGUCUACGAAGGGGCCUUUUGUUACAAUAAAACACUUUUGAUCAACUUUCAAUCGUAGUAGUCAUAUCUAUGUCCUGUGCUCACUAAAGUAGAAAUAAAGUUCUAGUCUUUA